AAUUGUAUUUGUAAUGUAGUCGUCACGCUUCGUUGGUGAAUCGAUUGUGUUUUUGUUUCUUCGAGAAGUGAGUGAAAUUGUCGAAAUGCCGAGUCAGGAAGUUAUUACUAACAAAGUGGUGGUUCAUCCACUUGUAUUAUUAAGUGUGGUUGAUCAUUUUAACCGUAUGGGAAAAAUUGGAAACCAGAAAAGAGUUGUUGGAGUUUUAUUAGGAUGCUGGAGAACGAAAGGUGUUCUGGACGUAUCGAACAGUUUUGCAGUUCCAUUUGAUGAAGAUGAUAAGGACAAGUCAGUUUGGUUCCUUGAUCAUGACUACCUUGAAAACAUGUAUGGCAUGUUUAAGAAAGUCAAUGCAAGAGAGAAGAUAGUUGGCUGGUAUCAUACUGGACCCAAACUGCAUCAGAAUGAUGUUGCUAUCAAUGAGCUGAUAAGACGAUAUUGCCCAAAUUCUGUUCUUGUCAUCAUUGAUGCAAAGCCUAAAGAUUUGGGCCUUCCCACAGAAGCUUACAAAGCAGUUGAGGAAGUCCACGAUGAUGGUUCUCCAACUUCAAAAACGUUUGAACAUGUUCCGAGUGAGAUCGGUGCUGAGGAGGCAGAGGAGGUCGGUGUCGAGCAUCUUUUACGGGACAUCAAAGACACGACUGUUGGGACACUCUCACAGAGGAUAACAAAUCAACUGCUAGGUCUCAAAGGGCUUCAUUUACAAAUACGAGAUAUCAGGAACUACUUAGUGCAGGUUGUUCAAGGAAAGCUACCAAUUAACCAUCAGAUAGUUUACCAGUUGCAAGAUAUUUUUAACCUUCUUCCUGACAUCAGCCAUGGUAAUUUUGUCGAGUCGCUGUAUGUAAAGACAAAUGAUCAGAUGCUCGUCGUGUACCUCGCAGCCCUCAUUCGCUCCAUUAUUGCUCUUCACAACCUAAUUAACAAUAAGUUAACAAACAGAGAUGCCGAGAAGAAGGAGGGUAAAAAGGAUGAGGUGAAGGAUAGUAAAGAGAAGAAGGAGGAGAAGACAAAAGAAGAAAUAAAAGUAGAGAAGAAAUAGAACUCUUUUUGAAAGAACAGUGCUGAUUAAGAUUUUGAGUAAGCACUUUUAUUGUAAAUUAAACAUCUCACAUUAAAUAUAGUAAAUCUUUAUUCAAAAAAACUUUUGUCUGUGACGCAUAAGGAAUAAAUCGGUGCUUUGUGAAAACAAACUGAUUCUAUGGGUCAAUAAUAGACUGAAAUGUUGCAAACAGAACAUAACUUUAUAUUUAAAUAAUAA